AUCCUCCAUGUCAGAUGUUCCCGUGCGAGCUGUACAACGCAAGAGGAAGAGGAAGCGACGUAAAAAAUACGUGAAUAGUUCAAGAAAACGUGGUCGACGCGGAGGUAUGAAGCGCCGCGAACGAAGGUUGAAAAUGCUGAAGGAGUUGCUUUCCACUCAGGUUGGCACCGCGCCCCCCUCAUCGGCGUCAUGUCCCGACAACUCCCCAAUCGUUGACCCGACUCCGUCUGACAAGGAAAACGUCGAGCCCUCACCGAGGUCUCCUCCCUUCAAGGUCCUCGAUACCGAUGACCGUGCCAAGGUUCGCCCGCUUGAGGAUGCUCCCGGCGAAAUCCCGGAGGCCCACAUGCGCCAACAUUCCUCUGGUCAGGGGGGAACUUCCCCGUCGCACGUUCCCGGUGUAUCAACUGUCACGUCCCGCGACCCGCACGACCCGUAGCUCGAAAGUAAUAUUGAUAAUUUUUUUCAAAUCAAAGUAAUUUAAAACGUUUGUUUGAAACCGUGUUUACAACAUUUGAAGUGUAAGUUGCAGUUAAAGCGGCUAAAAGCUAUAUCUUGCCAAAACUUAUCCAAUUAUGUAAUUAUAACGAUAUUAAAACAAUUUAAAUUGUAAACAAAGUCGGCAGUUGAAUAAACGUUGGGGAUCUUGCCAAACAUUUUCAAAACAAAAACCCCGACGCUUUUUCAUCUCCGACAGAUAUAAAUGUAGCGACUCGGAAAAAUCAGUAACUAUAAUUACUGUUCGUCAAGCGAAUAAUUACCAUUCGAAGAGUUAGUUAUCAUUUUGUCAACCGAAGAAUUUUAUAUCCGUCAGUCUGUCAGUCAAUUGUCAAUAUCGAAAUCGUGUAAGAUUUGAAUAAAUCAUCACAUAUUGUUAA